AUGUGCCAAGAAGACAGUCACAGCAAAGGAUCAAGAAUUCCUACUGGUCAUGAUGUCUCACCUCAACAGGUUAAGCCGUCAGGAUCAAACAUAGCAAGAGAUAUAGAAAAAUGGAGUGUUAAGGAAAUCCUGGGCGGAGAAGUGUACUACAUUCCGAAUUUUAUUGACAGUGGACUUGCGAAUGAGUGGCUUGAAGAGCUUUCAAGGCUCGAUACUUGGUAUCAUCCAACUCUCAAGGUCUAUGGCAAAGACGUUACCCAAAGUCGGUCUAUCGCAGCCUAUUCAACAAACGAAUCCCUAGUUGUCAAAUACUCAAAUCACGUUGUCACGAUGCACCAUACCUAUCCUCCCCUUCUUACGAAAAUCCAAGCAUUAGUUGAAGACUUGGUAGGAGAGACAUUCAACCAUGUGAUGCUCAAUCGGUAUAAGAAUGGUGAAGAGUAUAUAGGUAAACAUAGGGAUACGAAGGAGAAUAAGGCCAUUGACAUAAUCGCUGUGCAGAUGAUCGUGAGCUUGAGUUUAGGUGCAGAACGAACGUUCAUCAUGACACCAGUCAAAUCCACGCUCGCUGUUCAAGCUGGUGUCAAACCACAAAAAUGGAAACUUGCGAAUGGGAGUUUAGUGAUCAUGGCAGGGCGAACACAAGAUGCGUGGAAGCACGAGAUACCGAAAGAACCAAAAAUCAAGGGCGAGAGGAUUUCGCUUACGUUCAGACAGCUCAUUGGGUCAGGCUGA